GACUACUUCACCUCACGCAGUGCACGGUAAGUUUAACCAAAGAAGGAAAACAGGAUCUGAUUUUGUAAGGAAGUUUUGUUUUGAGGGCUCGGGGGAUGCCGAGGGCCCCUCGCUCCUUCGCCGGGACUCUCCAUCCCUGCUGCACUUGCAUGACAAAAGGCAGCCGCAGCAGCUCCACUGACCUAAUGAGAUGAGGGUCUCCGGAGCCCUUCCACUGAGCCUCCUGCUCCUGGGCUGCCUGGGGGGCGCCGCCAGCGGGCAGGCCCGAGGGGCUGGUGAGAAUGCGGAGCGCCCCGCGCCCUGGGCGCAAGCCGGGCAGUUCUCUACCCGGGAGCAGCAUGUGUGCAGCUGGCAGCUGGUCCGACGGGAGGAGGCCACCGAGCUGCAGCUGAGUUGCCAGGCGCCUGGAGAGGGCGGCAGCGAGGGGCUCCGGUGCGCGUACCGGGGCCAGCCGGAGCGCUGCGCUGCCUACGGCGCCAAGAGCCGCCAGUACUGGAAGCAGAUCCUGGGCAAGCUGCGCCGGAAGCGCCACCCCUGCCAGGAUGGCAGCCCGCUCAAAGCCCGGCUCUGCAGCAGCAAGAAGGGGCCGCCCGAGGCGCAGCUGCGCUUAGCACCCCCCAGCCCCAGCCCUGCGGCGCCUGGGGCCGCCGGGGGCCCCGCCAGAGGCAACGCCAAGGGCCAGGGCAGUGUCCAGGAGGCGCCUACACUGCAGCAGCCCGGGGCCCCCGGCGCCAAGGCGAUGAGCAGCGGGGCACACGCUGGUGCCCCGGAGAAGCGGGGCAAGGCGGGCAAGAGGAAAGGGGGUCCCGGCUCCCCGCUGCCCCCCGAGCGGCGGCCGCCCACGGCUGGGGGGAACCCGGAGCCGCCCACGGAGCUGAGCGAGGACCUGGCCGAGACCUACUGUGCGGAGCAGUGGCACUCGCUCUGCAGCUUCUUCGUCAACUUCUGGAACGGCUGAGGGCACAGGGCGGCGGCGGGGGGC